AUGGAGAUAAACCCAGCAAUCCUUGCAAACAAAGUCUCCUCCACCCUCUCCCCCCCUAUAACCCUAACACGACACUCAACCAUCGAAGGCGACGACCACCUGAUCUAUUUCAUCGCGGAACAUACCUCUUACAUCCUGCGGGUAACAAAGCCGCGCAAAGACCGGGGAUACGACGGGGCCGAGAUGCAGAUGCGGGAGAAAGCAAUCCGCGAGGUCGUACGUGCAGGAUACGAAAGCCGAGGUCUACCGGCGGAGUUCAUCCCGCAAUGUGUAUAUUCGUUUCCGGUUUCCGAGGACGGGGUACACGUUGCUUCAUUGGAGAGAAAACUGCAUGGGGUUAGUCUGGACGAUGUCAAAGAUAUAAAAGAAAAGACAAAGCAGGAGUUUAUAGAUUUAUUAACGGUGUUGAAAAACGUUGACAUCUCCGGGAUAAUUAGCAUUGGAGUGAAGGUUCCUGAUGUGGAAAUGCCGGAGUUGAAUACCCUCCACCGGAACGCGGUGCACGCGUGGAGGAGGAUGAUCCAUGAGGGAGGGUUAGAAGGUGUGAUUGAUGCUGGAGAAGAGGAUGCGGAGAGUUUAUUCGAGAGGAAGACAGCAUUCAUUGAUCAGAUCCAAGGGAUCAAGGAAGCGGACUCGGUGCUCGUGCAUAAUGAUCUCAAAGGGGAACAUGUGCUCGUGAAUAAAGACACGGGGAAGUUCACGGCGGUGCUAGACUGGGCGGAUGUUGGUCUGGGGAACCCUGCAAUUGAUAUUGCCGGAAUGGUAUUGACGAUUGGCACGCAGGCAGCGCAGGAAGUCGCCGUUGCUGUUGGAUAUAGCAGGGAGACGAUCCUACAGGGGAUUAUCCUGGGGCGGUCGGGUUGUGUGAUGCGGUUGGAUGAGCGAUUGCGGGGGAUUGAUACAAUGAGCCCACAGUGGUUGUUGAGGGCGCAGCUGAAGUUGUCUUUGGAGUGA